UUUCUCCUAAGGAUGAACAUAAAACUUGCACAUUUACACAAACCAGCUCUGAAACAGUGACUAUAUUAACCUGUAUUGAGACACCCUCUUAUGAAACUCGAGACAAUCGCAUUAGUCGUCACCAUAAUAAUGAUCGAAAGGAUAAGGAGGAUAAGGAUAAUAGUGAUUGCAAAGAAACAAUAACUGUCACUUUUACGCCUACAAUUACUUU